GCCGGGUGGAGGGUGAGAUGCAGAGGGAGCAUGCGCGACCCGAGGGAUGCGAUGGGGACGUGAAAGUCUGCGGAAGAAAAGGCAGGGGUGCUUAAAGAGGAGCAUUGGCGGACAGAAGUCUCAAAACCAGUUGUCACCUCGAGAUCUGACGGUCGCUUGUUUGAUUCGUGAACGCCUGAAUAUAUCAUCGUCCUUUUGAGUGUGGAAGGAGAAAUCUUUCUCUGCUCUGCUUGUGGAAACAGACUUCAGACUUAAAUGCGACCGGAAGGCUGCCGAGACGCACAUACCCAAGUGAGAGAGUGUCCCAAAGAAUUGAUUGCGGAAAGAGGCUUUUUUUUUAAACGUGACGCAGACUUUUUUUAAUAAAAAGAUCAGGCUUCGACUAGAUUGUCCACCCAUAUGUGACACCAGGAGGCCAUGGAGAAACCGUGGAAAUGCAGGGACUGUGGGAAAGGAUUCAAUUACCCGUACCAGUUGGAAACUCAUCGGCGCAGCCACACCGGGGAGAGGCCGUUCACCUGCUCCGUGUGCGGGAAGGGCUUCACCCAGUCCUCCCACCUGCUGACCCACCAGCGCGUCCACACCGGGGAGAGGCCGUUCUCCUGCUCGGUGUGCGGGAAGGGCUUCACCCACUCGUCCCCGCUCCGGACGCACCAGCUCAUCCACACGGGCGAGAGACCCUUCAAGUGCUCGGACUGCGGGGACAGUUUCAAAAGCUCGGCCGAGCUGAUGCGGCACCGGCGGGUUCACACCGGCGAGAGGCCGUUCACCUGCCCGGUGUGUGGCAAGGGCUUCACCCAGUCGUCCGACCUGUUGACUCACCGGCGCGUCCACACUGGGGAGAGGCCGUUCGCCUGCUCAGUGUGCGGCAAGGCGUUCACGCUGGUCGGAAACCUGCUGAGGCAUCAGCGGGUCCACACCGGGGAGAGGCCGUUCAUCUGCUCCGAGUGUGGGAAGGGCUUCACCCAGCACUCCAGCCUGCUGACCCACCGGCGGCUCCACACCGGAGAGAGACCGUUUGCGUGCUCCGUGUGCGGGAAAGGCUUCGCCCAGUCCUCCAACUUGCUAACGCACCAGCGAGUUCACAACUGAUUGCU